AAAGUAAUUACUAAUGAAUAAUAAUUAUUCAUAAAAAAAGACAACAUGCCACCAGCGAGGAAGUCGAUAUGUUGGGAGAAUUUUGCAGGAGCUUAGGAAUUUCUCAGCAUGGGCAGGGGAUGCUCCGCCAGGAAGGUUUCGUCUCAAGUGAGGCCAUAGAUGCCCUGGACAGUCAAACAAUUGUUUCGAUUGGGAUGAGGGCAGGGGAUAUUUGUAUACUGCGCAAAUACCUUGCCACAAAGGAAACAGUACAACCAGCCAUUGACACGGCACGUAUCCCUAUAUCGAGUUUAUUGUCAGGACCUCCGGACAUAUCACCUCAAUGUCUAGUGCCCGAAGCACCCUCUGUGAAUCCAGUGUCUGUGCAUGGGACGGCAGCCGCUAUAUCGCCACUCAUCUACCUUACACCGAGGCAGAGUAGCUCUGUAGAAAUAAAAAGGGAGCCUAGUGUUGGACAGUCAUACUUAUACAACUCUAAUGAACGUUGGUCAUGGCACCUAUCAGGACCUCCGGACAUAUCACCACAAUGUCUAGUGCCCGAAGCACCCUCUUACGCAAUUAUAUAUGAAUGGCAGGGGAUAUUGGUCCUAGAUCGGGAGUAUAGAAGGGCCCUAGAUCGGGAGUAUAGAAGGGCCCAGCAUCUACAUGGAUUCCCCUGGGGCUCUGACCUGAGCCACCUUGAGCUAAAGUCAAACCUUUUGAAUCCAGUUUUGAUGCUCUAUCCCUCCUUGCAAGUUCAUAAUGCCAACUCAGAGGACAAGAUCUACUUCUUAGUUCGAGAAAUGGGGGCCAAGGCACCACCAGAGAGCACUGGAGCUAUGAUUAUUUAUGGACUAAAUUUGGACAGCGUUGGCGUUAUGGGCGUUAAGCUAGCCACGGAGUUUCACACUAAUGACCCUAAUGUCAUCUUAGGCUUUCCUCGGGAUAUCACCAACGGUUGGAAAACUCACGAUAUGGCGAAUGUUUAUACUGCUUUCGGCGUAAAGACAAUCCAGACGUUCUCGACCAAGAACAACGUACACAUAUUGGAAAUGCUGAACCUGGCGAGACGGCAACUGAUGUCGGCCAGACGGCAACUGAUGUCGGCCAGACGGCAACUGAUGUUGGCCAGACGGCAACUGAUGUCGGCCAGACGGCAACUGAUGUCGGCCAGAUCUGCUGUCACCCUCCUUGCUGACGAGCAAUACUGCAUCAGGACCAGAAAGUUGGCCACUUCCAUCCUGAAGCCAGUAGUAGUAUUCCUGGAGAAUUCCGUUGAUUUUGGUAUUGACUCGGUGAAGGACGCAAUUCUAACAUUUGCACUCGAAGCGUACAUCCGUAACUUUUUCGAUGGUACACGUAUACGCGUUCUAUAUCCAGCCCUCAAGCUAGUAACCAAGCCUGGCAGCAACAACCGUCUACUAAGAGCAGCUAACUACAGUUUCCGUGAACCCUUGGACGCUUCCACGAUACCAGUUCCAGAAGAUGAAGACACACUGAAGGAGUUACUAACAGCCUUGUCAACAGCUCGGUGGGGAGAGAUACUACAUCCACUCUUUCCUUGGUUUAAGUUAUUGCACCUGGACGGGGCUUCUACAGAGAGACAACAGGAAUUAGCUCGACUCAUUAUGCUUGGGGCUAUCAGUGCAGUGUGCGACACGACCAUCCACAGUUUCAUCUACAACCACAACAGAGAGAGGUACGGGGAGUUGAGCCGCAGAGAGGUGUACGACCUACUAGUGACCAAGCCAAAACCACUCUGUCAGGCUAAGCGGCACACUCUACAUGCUUUUGCCAAGAAUUUGGACUCAAUUCACAUCGAGGUAGAGGAGGGCAGAGAUGUUACCCUAUUAGACGAUUUUCUCGGAUCAGUGGAGCAGUUCCCUAGAAUCGACAGGAAUGUUUACAACAUGUGGGCGACUGUCUUUGAACAACCAUUAGACGAGGUUUGCCAUUUGCAGAUCAUUGGCGAAGACUUCUUGAGGCAGCCCGAAUGUACCUACGCAUCUUACUACACUCCACUGAGUAUGUUGUCAGACGGCAGUAAUCGACAGAAGAACUUUGGCCGCAUGGUUAGAGAGAUUACGGGCAAUGAGUUGAUAGCUGAAGAAUAUAGAAAUGUUAUAGACAAGCCAAGCAAGGAACGGGGCCUACAAAAAGAAGCGUCACUGUUCAAAUACUAUUUCUGUAACACAGGAAACGACAACGUUGCUGAUAUUGGCUCCCCCACCCCCACCCCCACCCAAUCAAAAGCUGGCUACACAACCCUGUAA